AUCAAGUUUGUAAUUAAUGGAAAAAAAGACAGUUUGACGCAGAAAAGACUUACUCCCGAGUCUCCACGCAAGCUGAUGUAUUGCUACGCUUUUAAUUACCUCUUCCUGUGUCUUUCAGUCUGGAGAGGCCUACGCAACAUACAUGCAAGCACAAGAGAAAGUAUUGCGUGCUCUUUUGACGCCGGCUUAUGUGGUUGGCAACAGUCUUCAAAAGACAACUUUGAUUGGACCCUGCAGUCUGGGCAGACUCCUACUGAAGAUACUGGGCCAAGUAACGGAGAUCACACGACGGGAAAAGGGAAAUAUCUUUUUACUGAGGCUGACUACCCCAGAAAGAAAAAUGACUUUGCUCAGCUUAUUUCACCGUCUUUUUCGGGUGCUUUUUGUCUCUCCUUCUUUUAUAACAUGCAUGGAGCUGCCAUGGGUAACUUACGGUUAUCAGUUGAUGACAGAAAUGUGUUUGAAAUAAGUGGAGAGCAAGGAUCUGACUGGAUACAAGCCCAAGUAUUCGUAAAUGGAUCAAACAGCAAGCUAACUUUUGAAGGGAGGAUGGGCGCUGGGGACCAGGGAGAUCUUUCACUGGACGACGUAUCCGUAACAGGUUUUUGCAAUGUUUCUUCCUGCUCAAUAAUUCCAAUUCCUCCCAACGGAACUGCAAUAUGCUCCAAUGGAAAUCUAGUGGGAAGUCAUUGUAACGUAACAUGCGUUGCAGGGUACUAUCGAACUGGUUCCUCUACAAGAACAUGCAUGAGGUCAGGAGCCUGGUCUGGCACUCUACCCUCCUGUGUGAGAAUUGAAAUUCGCUUGGUAGGAGGUAGUUCUUUGACAGAAGGAAGAGUAGAAGUUGGAGUGAAUGGGAUUUGGGGAACAAUUUGCGAUGAUAAUUGGAGUUUAAACAGCGCAACAGUCAUUUGCAAAAUGCUUGGUCUUUCCAACGCAAGCGCAGCUCCCGGAGACUCCAGCUUCGGCCAAGGGAACGGAAAAAUAUGGUUGGACCACGUAGAUUGCACCGGAAGUGAGACGUCAAUUAUCGAUUGUAGCCAUUUAGGUCUGGGUGCCUCUAGCCAGUGUAAACAUGAUGAAGACGCUGGAGUAAUUUGCGGAAAUAUUACUUCUUUUGAGGUUCGCCUGACGGAAGGCAGCUCACCAAAUGAAGGCCGAGUAGAAAUUUCCGUCAAUGGAGUCUGGGGAACUGUAUGUGACGAUUUCUGGAGCAUUGAAGACGCAUAUGUCGUGUGUCGCAUGCUAGGACUUCCUCAGGCUACUGCAGCUACAAAGGGACAAUCAUUUGGGAAAGGCACAGGUCCAAUAUGGAUGGAUAAUGUUCAAUGCUUUGGAAAUGAGAGCUCAUUGCUGUAUUGUAAAAGGGCAGAUCUGGGAGUGAAAGAUUGUGCACAUCUGGAAGACUCGGGGGUUGUCUGUGGACCGCCAUCAGUUAAAAAAAAUAAUAUUGCAUUGAACAUGACCGUAAACCAGUCUAAUCCAACGGCACAAGCUAAUGCAGUCUAUGCAGUUGAUGGACUGUUCAACACAUGCGUGGAGUUCAGUCAGGUAGUCGACAAUUGGUUCCAGGUGGAUUUAUCCAAAAACUUCUUCAUACAUACUGUGCAUGUCUUCCUUGGCUUAAAGAGUUUUCAAAAAGUUUUUGUGGACAUCGGAAUUGAAAGUAGUAUGAAUCACCCUGUGGAUCAUUCAUGCAAAGAGACCAGUCCUUUCCCAAGAAAACAUUUCCGUGUGUUCCGCUGCGUCCCUCCAGCCAAUGGUCGUUUCGUAACAGCAACCAUGAUAACAGAAAACGUCAAGUUUGUGCUAUGCGAAGUUGCAGUUUUUGCAUUUGAAAAUUCUCUGGAGUCCGCUGGAAUUUUGAGGGAGGUGUGGUUUAAAGGUAUUAAUUCACAAGAUGAUCCUAUUCUGAAGUACCAUCCUGUUUUCAAGGAAGCUGCUGACACGUUGUCAGUGCUAAAAACUUUUCAUGUUGUUACCAACUUUUCUACCACAUAUGGGCAGCGGUUGUCUACAUUUAUUCAGCCAGAAGCGAGUGGGUGGUACACUUUUUACAUAACAUGUGAAGAUGAAUGCGAACUGUGGCUCACAAAAACAGAUGAACCAACCCUGCGAGAUGAGCAUGACAGAGACAAUGGUGGGGAACUUCUUGCAAAGUUAACAACAAGAACAGGAAAUCUGAUAUGGGAUGGGACUUCAAGGCAAAAAUCAAAUCAGAUUUACCUCAGUUGCAGCAUGUUUUAUCUCCUGGAGGGUUUCUCAAAAGAGUCGUACAGACGUGGGCAUCUUUCUGUGGGUUGGAGUCUUCACAAUAACACAAGCCUUUUUGAAAGGCCUCUUGUCGGAAACCACACGACAUGGAUCCUGCCAGGUUGUUUAAAAUUCCCUCUUAUUAAAACAUAA